UACUUGUAUGUCUGUAAUCCACGAUAUCUAUGACAUUCGUAAAAGAUUUUUAAUACGUAAUAUCUAAGUGUCUGUAUGUCAUAUUGUAUCUGCAUUGCGAAUAUAUGUAUAUAUAUUUAUAUGCAUGUGAAUAUAUACCAAGAAAAUUGUGAAAAAUUAAUAUUCCAGUGCAUGGAAUAGAAAUUUAAAUAUAAUUAUAGACAUUAAUCAGAAUCUGUCACAUUUAUAUAGUAACAAAGUAUUAUCUCUUACAUUGCGUUGAGCAAUACUAUUUUUACUUAUCUCUUUUUAAUAAUUUUUUAAUUAAAAGUUUUUCGUAAUUACGAAGUGCCCAUUUUUGGGCUUAAAAAGUUAUAAAAAUUGCGUAUAUUUCACGAGAAGAUAUGCCAGAUAGUGGUGCUGUUUAUCAACCUACGACAGUAGGUUAUACAUAUGAUAGCGGAGGUGAUGGUGCUGGAGGUGGUGGCAGUUUAAGAAGUGGUUUCUGGAGGAUCAUAUCAAGACAUAAACUUAGCUCUAGAAAAUGGUUUGAAUGGGUAUUACUCUCAAUUGCUUUAUCAUUUUUUAUUGCCGGUUUAACGACGAUGUUGGUCAGUUUUGUAUCAGAUGAUACAUCACAAGAAAAUAAAAUAAAGGUAAAUGAACAUCCAACAACAUCUGCAACAAGCAUUGAAGAACAUAUUGAAGAUGCAGCAAAAAGUUCCAUAGCCUUAAGUGCUAGCAUGAUUUUAGUAGGACUUCUAUUGGGCUUUGGUUGGGCUUGGUUGCGUUUCUUCCGUCGUGGUAAAUCUCCAAGAGGUGGAAUGGCUGGAAGUAGUGGUCAGAUGUUGGGCGGUUUGAAUCCAUCAACUGACUUGCUGGUGGGUUCCACUUCGCAGUACGGACCAGUACUUACGGAGCUCCCGAGUCAACUGAAGCUGAAGCAGACAAAUUCUCAUGAUACUCCAGCAAUACCACUUUCGGAUCAGGAAGAGGAAACGCGUACUUUAAUGCAGGAUUCUACAAUUCCUUCGGUUCUUUCUACUGGUCCUAAUACCAUUACUAAUCAAAUUCCAGGUUGAGUACAAAGGUUAAAUGCAUUAAUGUAUAGUAAGAACACAUGAUGUGAACACUUAUAAUUUUACAUGAAUCAAGUUUGAAUUGUAGUUUUUGCUAUUUUGCAAAUUGCGUGAUUUAUUUACUAAUAGGAAAAUUAUUUUUUUUUAAUUUUUUCUAGUAGUAAUUUUAAUUAAUGUUUAUUUUAUGAAUUUAUUUGAAUUUUCUGAAUGCCUGCAUUUAAAGUAUAAGAUGAUUUAUUUCUGUAAAUUAUCAGCACAAAUUUUAGCAUAUAACAUAUCAUUUACCAUAUUUUUUUUAAAUUUUAUUCAUUAAUUUUUAUGUAUACAUUCCUCCACUCCGUCCAUUAUCAUUGAUAAUAUAUUAGUUAAGCAUUGAAUCCAGAUAAUUAAUAAAUAAAAAAAUUUUUUUAAAUUUAUUUAAAAUAUGGUACUUUUAGAUAUUAUUUUUAUUAUUAUUUAAAUAUAAUAUGGCUUAAUAACAUUAAUAUCAGUUGUCUUGAUAUGAUAGUAAUUUAGUAAUUAGUCUGAUAAAUAUUAAUUGAUCUGAAUUGAUCAAUUAUGAAUAUAUGUAUAAAAAAAUAUUUUAUAUUAUUCUGCCCAGUUAAUAUAAUGGCAGUAUUACAUGUGACUGACAAUAUUUGUAACAAAGUAUUUGCUCAUUUAUAUAUUGAGAGAAAAAUGAGCUCUAAUACAUAAUUGUCUUAGCAAAAUAAAGGGAUAUGUAUAUAUUAGGAUAACAUAUAAAAAUUAUAAUGCAAAGCAAUUUCCUUUUUCAAAUUAAAUUGGAAUGGAUGUGUGAGAUAUGGAACAGUAAAAUACAUUGCACAAUUUUUGUUAUAUUACUUCAUUUUUUUUAUACUUAUGUUAUUUAUAGUUAGUUUUAUAUAAAAACAAUUUAAUUAAUAUAUAAGAUGAUUCUUGUAAUUAGAAAUUGUGUCUUUAUUUGAUUGUAGUUAGAAGAAAAGGAUAGAAAAAAAAAUGAAUAAUUCACAGAAAAUUAUAUUUAUUAAUUAUUUAUGUCGUAAGUUUAAUGAUACAUGUAUAUUUUGCAAUUAUGUUAUUUUUUAUAUAAGAAAUAUACAUCUCAACCUAUAUAAAAAAAAAAUAAAAUAAAAUAACAGUAAAAAAUGAUUGAUUUCGAUGUUCAAAAAGAAUAUCUUUAUCAAAAAAGAUAGUCAAAUACUUUGUGAUUUACUUUUGAUGUAAAUUCUUUACAUCAAAAAAGAAGAUCUAUCUAUAUUUUUUAUAAUCAAUAUUGCCAAUAUUUUUUUAUAAUGUUCCAUUAUAAAAUCAAAUAAUUUAAGUCAGAUUUAAAAUAUUUUCAAUAAUAUGAUUCUAAUUACAUAAUCAUAUAUGAUAUAAUAUAAUGAUAAAUAUUUCAUUAUAUAUUUUUUGAUAACAUGGUCAGCAUAUUCAUUCGAUUUAAAUGUGAACAUUUUAGAUUUUAUGUUUAAAAAAUAAUAUAUAUUUAUGUUUCUAAACUCUGUAUAAGAAAAAUAUAUUAAAAUAAUUGCAAAAUAAUAACUAAAAAUUAUUAUUCAGUUAAUAAUUUUUAUUAAUUCAAUUAAUGUUGAGAAUGUAAAAAAAAAUGUAUUUUAAUAAAGAUAUUCUUUUAAAAUAUUUCGCAAAUUAAUAAUGUUUUACUUAUUAUUUAUAACAUUUAUAAUAUUAUAUAUUAUUUAGAAAAAUUAUAUCAUUUAAAAAAAAUAUGGUUGUGAAAAUAUGUCCUUUUUGAAGCAUUCUUUAAAUAUUUUCAUCUAACUUCAACCAAAAAAGAUAUACAAACUGUUUCAGUUAUAUGUAUAAUAUAUGUAUAUUCUAUAUACAUAUAUAUUACAAUAAAAAUACAUUUUUAUAAAUAUUUUAAAGUUUUGAUGAAAUUUUGGACUCUGUUUUACUAAUUUUUGGUAUAUCAAUAGACUAAUAUUGUGUAUAUACAUAUAAGAUAAUCUGUGGUUAAGAUGUUCUGAUUAUCAGGUACAAAUUUUAAAUAAUUAUUGAAAUAUUUUUAAAUAAUAUACAAUUUUUAUUUAUAUGUAACUUUAUUUAUUAUUAAAAUUACAUUUAAGACAAAAAAACAAUUUUUUUGUGUAUUAGAAGUACAAUUAUUAAUGAAUAAUGUCAUUUAAUUUUUCUUUAUUAUGAAUAUUUUAUUUAUUAAAAAAUCUUAUGAUUAUGAAUAUUUAAAGCAUAAAAAUUAAACAAAUCUUAAUUUUUCUCUGGAUUCAAUGCUAUCAUAGAAUGAAUAUAAAUUAACAAUUAUUUCAAUGAUUUACGUGAAAUCCGUACUAUUUUAAUUAUUGAUUUAUUCAUUUAUGUAACUAUUCUUAUUACAUGAGAAAAAUAAACGAUUAAAAAAUUGUAUUAAUAUAAA